AUGACUCCAGCCACCUCAGAAUGGGAAACUGAAAAUACUACAAUAAAUGAAAAUUCAUCUCCAGAUGAUAACACAGAGACCUUGACCUUGGAGAUUUUGACCCUCAUCAUUGCCCUGGGAGGGCUGUCAGGAAACGCACUUGUGCUGUGGCUCCUGGGCUUCCGCCUGCGGAGAAACUCCUUCUCUGUCUACAUUCUCAACCUGGCGGGGGCUGACUUCCUCUCUCUAGUCAUUGAGAUUAUAUUAUCUGUGAUGAAGGUUAUUGACAACAACUAUCCCAUAGACCAUCCCAUCUCCAAUUAUGUCAACAUUAUGUGGACCUUUGCCUAUAUCACUGACUUGAGCAUUCUCAGCUGCAUCAGCACUGAACGCUGCCUUUGUGUCCUGUUCCCCAUCUGGUACCGAUGCCGACGUCCAAGUCACAUGUCCACUGUCACAUGUGUCAUGCUCUGGACUUUGUCUCUACUGUUGAGCAUUCUGGAAGGAUACAUAUGUGGCAUGUUUAAUAAUUAUACAUAUGAUAACUGUCACAUAAUUGAUUUUGUCCUUGCUUCUUGGCUGAUUUUCUUGUUUGUGGUUCUUUCUGGGUCUAGUCUGGCUCUGCUGCUGAAGAUGUUCUGUGGUUUCCAGAGAAAGAAACUGACCACCUAUGUGACCAUCGUGCUAACAGUGUUGAUUUUCCUCCUUUGUGGCCUGCCCUUUGGUAUCCAUCAAUAUCUAUUCAUGUGGAUUCCAAAUCCUAUUGUGUUAAUACCUCCUGCUGAGUCUCUGCUUCUCUCCUGUGUUAACAGCAGUGCCAAUCCCAUCAUUUAUUUCUUCGUUGGCUCCUUUAGACAGCAGCAGCAGCGUCCAACCCUCAAGAUGGUUCUCCAGAGGGCACUGGAGGACACUCCUGAGGAAGAAGAAGCUGGGAAAGACGUUCCUCAGGAAACCAUGGGGAUGUCAGUGAGCAAUGUCAUACAGGGCAUAGUGUGA